AUGGACUCUUCACCGGGCUCAGGUGCUCCUAAGCCUCGGACACCAAACCCUGCCGAAGCAGACAAGAACGGCGCUGUUCAUUCGCCCGGUGCCAUGGCAGACCACAAUGGAUCCCAAGACGACAGGAAGCGCAGACCCGGAGAGAACGACACUCCGGAGACUGACCAACAGCAUCAGUCUGGCCCGGCAAAUAAGCGCAAGCGUAUGCAGGAGCGACACCAAGCUCGCAGGCGCGGCCGUACACCUCCUCCCUCGGUCUUCUCCCGACGCAAUCGAUCCCGCAGCCCCAGCAAUGCCACGCCCCGAGAUGACUACUCGAGGCGCUCUCGAUCCCCCCUACCGCGCCGGUCACCCGAACUCGAGGAACAGCCCAAGCAGCGCAAGCGGCCUGGCGGUGGCGCACGGGCGGGCCUGAUGAACCCUGAGCAACUGCGGCGGCGACAGGAGGAGCGCGAGCGCGCCAUGGAGGAGGAUGCCAUGCGGACCUCGCGAGACCGUGGCGUUUCCGACGUUGUUCGACAGCACUACAAUGCUGUGCCCGAGCGCGGCCGCGAAUGGCGCAAGACCGAAUCCAAGAUCAGGGGGUUGCGCAGCUUCAACAAUUGGGUGAAGAGCACUUUGAUCCAAAAGUUCUCGCCUGAUGAAGAUUUCGCCGCACGCUUCAACGAUACCAAGGAUUGGGCUGAUGAUAGCAUGCGCCCGAACCAACCCGAGGAGAAGCAGCUGCUGGUUUUGGAUUUGGGCUGCGGCAAGGGUGGUGACCUAGGCAAGUGGCAGCUUGCGCCGCAAAAAGUGGAACUUUACGUGGGACUCGACCCAGCCAAUAUCUCUAUUGAACAGGCGCGGGAUCGAUAUGGUCAGAUGCGGUCUCGUGGUGGAGGCGGCCGUGGCCGACGACCCCCUCCUGCUCUCUUCCACGCCGAGUUCGCGACCAAGGACUGCUUCGGCGAGUCACUGGCUGAUGUAAACAUUAUCCAGCGUGUCGGCUUUGAUCCCAAUGCCGGACCCGGUGGCUCUCUCAUGGCAUCGCGAUGGGGUGGUGGUGGCUUCGACGUUGUUACUUCUAUGUUUGCCAUUCACUACGCCUUCGAAAGCGAGGAGAAAACACGCCAAAUGCUUAGCAACGUUGCUGGCUGUUUGAAAAAGGGUGGCCGCUUCAUUGGCGUGUGCCCGAAUUCGGAUGUGAUCACCAGCAAAGUCAGUGCUUUCCACAAGAACCGCAAGGAGCAAGAGGCCGCCAAACCUGCCGAGUCUGAAGGGCCUGAGGAUGGCGAAGUCGAAGAGGAGCAGCGGUGCGGAUGGGGCAAUGAUAUUUACAGUGUUCGCUUCCCUGGGGAUACCCCGGAGAGUGGUGUCUUCCGUCCACCGUUUGGAUGGAAGUAUACAUACUUUAUGUCAGAGGCGGUCGAGGGCGUUCCUGAAUACGUUGUUCCUUGGGAAGCCUUCCGAGCUUUGACUGAGGACUACAACCUGGAGCUGCAGUAUCGCAAGCCCUUCCUGGAGAUCUGGGAAGACGAGAAAAAUGAUCGCGAGUUGGGGCCGCUCAGUGAGCGUAUGGGAGUGCGGGAUCGCAAUACUGGGGAAUUGCUCAUGACCGAGGAGGAGAAGGAUGCAGUCAGCUUCUAUCAUGCAUUUUGUUUCUACAAGGUUUAA